UUGGGCUUGAAUGUAGGUAGGCCAUGAUUGGCAUGAUCAGCUGAUUCCCCUUGUCAUCAGGUUUGGCUAGUUCAUAGCCGUAAAAAAUGGCUACCAUUGGUUUUUUCGCAUCUACAGUAUCGAGAAUUUUCUCCAAUUUAGCAACAGGAUUCAACGUCCAGCAGACGAGGAAUAAAUGGGCGAAUGCAAGAAUGUUGAGGGAUUAUAAGAGGAGAUUAGUUGCCAAAGAAUAUGCUCCACUUCGUGUCCGUCUACUGACAAUGAAGAGAAACAACAUCUUGCCUCGAGAGAUACAAGAUAUUGCUAGUCAAGAGAUGUUGGAAGUGCCCCGUCAGGCUGCCAAGAGCCACUUGACAGGUAGAUGUGUUAUAACUUCGCGUCCACGAGGAAAUCUGAGACGUUGGAGACUCUCCAGAUUCGUAUUUAGACAUUUGGUGGACUACAAUAAACUAGCCGGGGUCCAACGAGCCUUGUGGGGAUAAUUCCAUAAAAAAGAGAUUGAAAAGAAGAAAAUUGAAAAUGCACAAAAAAAGGUAGCUGAUCGCAAUGGUCUUAAAGCGAAUAAAGAUCUCAGUUUAUGGAAAAAAAACAGAAA